AUGUCGGAUUUGUUAUUGGCGCCUCGGCCAUCGCGUUCACUUUCCCCAUCACCAAGAGGACUCUCACCAGCGUCACUCGUGCGAUGUGCCAGUGAUCGUGAUCCCCAAAAGGAGCAACAACGCGGCGGCUCGUUGACAAUCGGGAAAACGAAUCAAAUUCCUCUUUGUCCACAGCUGAGCCCAUCACAGGUUUACAUUGUGCGUAAAGCUUGGAAACACAUCAACACAAAGGGACUCGUCGGAGUGUUUCGGCGAUGCUUUCAACGGGCUGAAUCGUGUUGUACGAUUAUUGCUCAAACGUUUACUUUAUGCGGAUCGGCGUCUGGUUCCGGUAGUCAAAUCUACACGGGAUCUCCCCAUCACAGCACUUCGCCCAUUUCACCGAAUUCUCGAAAUGAAAAUUCGAUUGUUCAAGAGAUUUCUCCAAAUCGUCGAACUUCUGAUGCAGGGACGGCGAGUAUCGUCUGCGUGCGCACUCUUUCCGAACAUUCGAUCUUCAUGGUUCACCUCUUUCAAAGAGUUCUUUCAGGCGAUCAGACGAUCGUCGAGUACCUUCGUCGCAUCGGUGCUCGUCAUGUCGCUUUGCAAUCAGAAACAGCUUUUGGUAGUCGACAACUUGAAAAGUUUGGCGAGAUUUUGGUCGAUGUUUUUUUGAAACUCGAUGGAAUCCGAGAAAGCAAAGAGUGCAGUCGAGCUUGGAGACAAUUGAUCUCUUCAUUCGUCGAUUGUCUACGAGAUGGAUUUGAGGAAGAAGCCCGUCAAAACCGACGAAAGAACUCCUUUAACGCCCACUCUCGUUACUUUGAUGAUAUUGAGAGACGACACUCAACUCCAGCACGACGUGGAUCUCUUCGAAUCGAUGUUCAAGCAGCUACGAGAAAAGUUUCAAACUAUAUC